CCCCAUCCCAUCCCAACCUGAUUUCUAGGUAAUCUCUCUCUCUCUCUCUCUCUCUCUCUCUCUCUCUCUCUCUCAAUGAAUCUUUGAUUGUUGGCGACUAGCAAAUAUAUUUUCGAGUCUUCUUGCAAUCCAGAUUGCAGGGGCACGUAACUACAUACUCAAUUACAUUUCUUUCUUUGGUAACCCUUUAUGAUUCUUCGUGUCAGAAACCUAAGAAGAAACAGCUUCUUUACUGACCUAUUUCUUCCUCGCUUUUCCAAUGCUUCCUCUGGAGAUUUCUGUUGCUUUCUUUCUUCAUCAUCCUUUCCUUACGCACUGGACUCGUCCUCCUUAAGGAGAACACAAAUUGGCUGUCAAGAAGAGAAAACUUCAGAUUGGACUAAAAGUUCAGAAUUUGAUGUUCUCGUAGCCAAAGUUCGUGCUGCAACUAGCGUCGAUGAAAUUUUUAUGUCACUUAGCCAUGACCAUAUUUGCAAUGCUUUACAAAUUUCGGACAGCAUGCUUGGUGUACUACUACAUCAAUUCAGAGAUGAUUGGAAGUCUGCAUUAGGAAUUUUUAGAUGGGCAGUAUCACGUCCUGGCUAUAGACCCUUAGCAGAAUCAUAUGAUAUGAUUGUGGACAUACUGGGUAAAGCAAAGCAAAUGAAAAGGAUGAGAGAGCUGAUAGAGGAAAUGCGUCUGUCCAAUGUUGUGACACUGAGUACCAUAGCUAAGGUUAUGCGGAGGCUUGCAGGUGCAGGAGAGUGGGAACAUGCUGUCAAAACGUUUGAUGAGUUAGGAAAUUUUGGGUUGGUGAAAAAUACCGAAUCCAUGAACUUGUUGCUUGACACUCUUUGCAAAGAGAACAGAGUCGAGCAAGCGCGUGCAAUUUUCUUGGAGCUCAAAUCACACAUCCCUCCAAAUGCUCACACAUUUAACAUUUUCAUUCAUGGUUGGUGCAAAAUCAGUCGUGUUGAUGAGGCUCUGUGGACAAUCCAGGAAAUGAAGGGACAAGGUUGUCGCCCUUGUGUCAUCAGCUACUCAACCAUCAUCCAGUCCUAUUGUCACCAAUCCAGCUUCCAAAAGGUGUAUGAACUCCUUGAUGAUAUGCAAGCUCAAGGGUGCCCACCAAAUGUUGUUACUUACACCACUAUCAUGUAUUCACUGGCGAAAUCAGGGGAGUUUGUGGAAGCAUUACAAAUACCUGAGAGAAUGAGAUCUGCUGGAUGUAAACCUGAUACACUUUUUUACAAUGCCUUGAUUCACACUCUGGGGCGAGCUAACCGAUUGGAAGAGGCUGUUCAAGUUUUUGAAGUGGAGAUGCCCAAUCUUGGUAUCAUUCCUAAUACAUCAACCUACAAUUCAAUGAUCGCAAUGUUUUGCCAUCAUGCCGAACUAGGGAAGGCCGUAAAUGUCCUCAAGGAGAUGGAAAAUUCUCCAUUUUGUAAGCCCAAUGCGCUGUCAUACUGCCCGUUGCUCAAGUCAUGCUUUAAAUAUGGGAAGACAGAUAGCUGGUUGUGCGGAUUGUUGGAUGACAUGCAUAAGCAACAUAUUAGUCUUGAUAUCUCUUCCUAUACCCUUUUGAUUCACGGGCUUUGUAGAGCGAACAAAUGUGAAUGGGCAUACCUCCUAUUUGAGGAGAUGAUUGGUCAAGACAUAGCACCAAGAUAUCUGACAUGCCAGUUGCUUUUGGAUGAAAUCAAACAGAAGAAUAUGUAUGAUGCGGCUGAGAGGAUAGAAACCUUCAUAAAGCAAAUGAAAUUUUCUUGAGGUGCUGGAGAUAAUAUAUCUACCAUUUUCAAAUCACAACUAAUUCUUAUUUAGCUCAUACAAUGACGAAAAGAGUUCCUGCCUGAAUUUGCCAAUUGCUGGAUGCUUGAGGUUGAAGGAACACAUAUCUGAGUGGGUGUCUAAUUGGUUGUACCAAUUACCAGUGAUUUGUAGAUCUAGAGUAUCGUGAUAGUAAACAUGUUUGUGCUUGUGGUCAUGAGCGUAAGCGGAUUACUUUGUGCUUUACCUAACCUCCCAUUUGCCCAUUUUGUGGAUCUUUCUUCCCUAAACAUAUGUGCAUUUACUAGCCCUUGUAGCUUGGUAGUUUGUACUGAUGCAAUAUUCACUUCUGGAGCUGUUUUGUUCAGGUAAGAUCCCACCUCAUUUUGAAACUUAAGACUAGAUGAGAAUGUGGUGUUUAGGGUUGUUGGAAGUAUAUUGGUUUGUUCUUCGUUUCCCCUCAAAAUUUAUUCACCUCCUAUGGAUCUUAUAACUUUGUUCACAUACUAUAUAAAGUGCUUGUGUAUCGAUUGGAUUACCUUCUUUUUUUUUA